AUGAAUGACAAACGGUUGGUUAUCCAACUUGUCAAUGGUCUUCCGGAGGAAUACAACACUGUUGCGUCCUUCAUUCAACAGUCUAUGCCAACGUUUGAUGCUUCCCGUUCACAACUGCGCACCGAAGAAAUUCGUCAUACGCAACAAACCUCCAUGGCGUCUUAUACAACCCUAGAAGCCACCGGUUCCUCCCCAGGACAGCGUCCUCAGCGCUCCGGCUACAACAAGCGGAAUCAGCACCAUCAACGCCCUCAAACCCAACAACUUUCAGCAGAACCCCCACUUCUGCCAACCCCGGCCCAGUUCCGUCAGCCCAAUAACCCACGAGCUACAGUCUACCGAAACCCAGCAUACCCAACACCCUAUAUGCCUUACUGGGCUGCACCUCCAAGCCCAUACCAUACCGUCCCCCACUGGCAUCCCACUGCUCCUCUCCGCGGGCCUUCUCCAGCUCGCUCCCGCCAAACCCAACAGCGUCCACGAGCUGCUUCCUAUGGACAUGCCCAAGCAUAUGCCAUUCCUUCCACAGAGAUGUUGCAUCCUUCGGACUUUGCGGAAGCUUACAGCUCCAUGAGUCUGCAGUCACCGGACGACACGUUCUAUAUGGACACUGGUGCAACCUCACAUAUUACUGCGGAUCCAGGAUUUGAAUUCGAGGACGAUCCUUCUUCGCUGUGA